AAGCGGCGGUGACGUCACCGUAUUUUUCCAGACGAUGUAAACAAGAAAAGACAGUCGAGGACAAAACGGAUCAGAUGAGCCCGGUUCCUCUGCUCUAGGCGGCCGCCAUGGGGCUCCCCGUGACCAUUAAAGUCAACUUCCGCGGGAACGUGAAGAGGUUUCUGGCCCAGGACUUGGACAAGCUGGAGUGGGAGUCUGUUGAAGCCUGGAUCAAAGCGUCGUUUGGGAUCAACCACUUCCAGGUGAAAUACUUUGACGAGGACAACGAGGAGGUUUGCAUCAACAGUCAAGACGAGUAUGAAGAAGCCAUCAAGAGUGCAGAGCAGCAGGGGAACCAGCUCCACAUGAACGUGUACAAGAUGAAGGGGCAGGCCUGCGGCGGUCCGCUGAAGACGGAGGUGAAGGAGCUGAAGGGGGACCUGCGGCCCGCCCCGCCCUACCCGUCCCGGGUCAAGACGGUGGACAAAGGGACGCAGGUGACCCCGGAGCGCGAGGCGGUCGCCAUGAAGGACGGCCGGGCGGCCAAGCCCGAGGACGAGCCCCCUCCCAUGUGGUUCCGGUCCUACAUGGAGAAGUUCAAGGACGAGGUGGUGAAGGAGGUGGUGGAGAGGAUGUGCACGGACUUCUCGGGGCAGUGCUGCACGCACAAGGCGAGCGAGGGGCCGGGCGAGGCGAGCGAGGGGCCGGGCGAGGCGGCCGGCGGCGGCCCGCCGGGGCCCCGGCCCGGCCCCUCCGCCCCCCCCGGGUCCCUGGGGUACACCCCCAGCUGCAGCAGCUGCCACAAGCUGACGUCCGACGGAGCGUACAAGUGCAGCGUGUGUCCGUCCUGCAUCCUGUGCGAGACGUGCCGGCACAGCCACGACCCCAGCCACAGCCUGGUGAGAACCAAGACGCCGCUGUCCAUCCCCGAGCACGGCAUGUCGGGGGAGUCGAGGUUCCCGCGGCGAGGCGACCGGACGGUGCGCAAGGCGGAGCGGCAGCGUCUGAAGGCGGAGCGGCGGCAGCUCCGCGCCGAGGUGAAGGAGAUCAAGAAGAAGCUGCGGCUGGAGAAGAGGGGGCUGCAGUGGAGCGGGCCCCCCGCCUCCGGCCCCGCCGCCGCCACGGACACGGCCUCCGCCUCCACCCAGGCCCCCGCCCCGCCCCCUCCCGCCGCCUCAGACUCGGGCCCCGCCCCGGCCCCGGCCCCGGCCCCCGCCCCGGCCCCGGCCCCUGACCCCCAGGCCUCCAGUCCAGAGGGUCCCGGGGUCCGGCUCUCGUCCGGGGUGUCCUCUAUGGCCGCCUUGUUUCUGGACGAGAACCUGCCGGACGGCACCCGUCUGCAGCCCGGCGCCGCCUUCGUCAAGUACUGGAAGAUGAGGAACUCGGGCAGCGUCGGCUGGACCGCAGAGACCAAGCUGGUGUUCAUGUGGGGGAACCUGGGCCUGGCGUCGGAGGAGAGGCGGGAGGUGGCGGUGCCGCCGCUGCGGCCGGGCCAGGUGGGCGUGGUCAGCGUGGCGCUGGCGGCGCCGCGGGCGGAGGGCAGCUACACCUCCCACUGGCGCCUGGCGCACCGCGGCCGCCAGUUCGGCCCCCGGGUGUGGUGCAGCGUCGUGGUCGACCCCGCCGCCGGCCGCCGCCGCCCCGGGCCCGCCGGAGAACCACGGAAGGAGGAGGAGGAGUUCAGGACGGAGGACGGCGACCCCGGCCUGUUGGCGGACUUCCAGCACGGCGACCUCUUCUUCCCCUCCGACGACCUUCUGACCCCGCAGGACCUGCUGUCCUUCCAGCUGCUGGACAUCAAUAUAGUUCAGGAGCUGGACAAGGUUCCCAACAACACCCCUGCUGAUCUGACUCCCUGCAUGUCUCCUCUUCCUCCCGACGCGGCGGCGGCGGCGCCGGACCGGGGCGGCGGCCCGCGGGCCAAACCGGACGGCGAGGCGUCCGGAGUGAGGACGCUGUUCGGCCUGAAGCCGCGGGCUCCCAGGGAGGCCACGGAGCCGCCGGCGCCAGACGACGAGCGGGAGGACGAGAUCAGCGGCGCUCAGUUCCUGUGUGAGACGGUGAUCCGGUCCCUGGCCCUGGACCAGGAGCCGGACCACCGGCCGGUCCGCCGGGCGCCCCGGGCGCCCCGGGCGGAGGCGGAGAACAGGCAGGACGGCAGCGGAGAGGCGUCGCCCGGCAGGCCGGACCUGCAGCCCGGGUCAGAGGUCAGCCAGCAGCUGGAGGACACGUCCCAUGAUGCACCAGGAGAGCCGGCAGCCAGACCAGACGACUGGGACGAGGUCAGCAGUCAGUCGUCCUCCUCGUCCUCCAGUGAGGACUACAUCAUCGUCCUCCCGGACUGUUUUGACACCACCCGUCCUCUGGGGGAGUCCAUGUACAGCUCCGCCCUGUCGCAGCCAGACGCCGCCGCCGCCGCCAGGCCGAGCGAGGAGGAGCGGCAGGAGUCCGGGUCCCAGGAGGAGGCGCUGAGGGAGGAGCCUGUCCCCCCCGUCCCCCCUGUCUCCCCCGUCCCCCCUGUCCACGGCAGCGUCAGCCACAUGCUGUGCGCUUCCCAGACUCUGGACGCCGUCACCCUCACCCCCGAGGUGGUGCCUCCGCCCGCCCUGCCCCGCCCCCUGCUGCCUCCGCCCGCCCUGCCCCGCCCCCUGCUGCCUCCGCCCGCCCUGCCCCGCCCCCUGCUGCCUCCGCCCGCCCUCUACUCCCCCAGGUCCGAGGCUCUGUACUUGGCUGAGGAUCCCGGUCCUCCAGCCUGUGAUCCGGACCAGCCCCAGGAGCCCCGAGUCCACCUGAACCUGUCGGGUCUGUCCAGGUCUGCAGGGUCCUGCUCCAGUGCCUUCGAGACCUACACCCCCCGACCGGGCGCCGCCCUGCAGGCCAGCAGGGGCCAGGGGGGCCUGACGGAGGGCCUGGUCAAGGGGGCGCUGUCGGUGGCGGCGUCGGCCUACAAAGCCCUGUUCACCGGACCCGGACCCGGCUGCUCGGUCCAGCGCGGCGUGGACCCGGCGGCCCGGCGGGACCCGGCGGCCCGGCAGGACCCGGCCCUGAUGGCGGUGCUGCUGGAGAUGGGCUUCAGAGACCAGCGGCUGAACCAGCAGCUGCUGAGGAAGCACGGAUACAGCCUGCUGCACACCGUCAACGAGCUGGUCCAGCGGGCCGAGGACCGGGACCGGGACCGGGACCGGGACCGGGACCACAAGAGCCAGAGCCGCACCCAGAACCCGGCCCUGGACGCCCUGCACUGAGUCCUCAUCUGCUGACUCCGCUUCUCUGCUGACUCCGCCCCUCCUCUGCUGACUCCGCCCCUCCUCUCCGACCCCGCCCCUCCUCUGCUGACUCCGCCCCUCCUCCCCUGAUUGGACCAUCUUCCAGCAGAAGCUCCUGAAAAGGUCGGGGGUCAGACUGAGGUCUCCAGCAGCAGGUGGAACCUCUUUCCGGGUUCUGAGUGGAAGAACACCUGGAACCUCGAACACACCUGGACACAUCCUCCUGACAGAGCUUCAGAACCCUGAUCUGGAGGUCAAAGGUCACGCUGGUCCUGGUGUUCCUGUGUUCUGUGGAGAACCGUUCCUUUAACUGUUGGAAUGUUCCGAGUUCUCGCGGUUGCUCCGCCCUCCAGGAGACACACCUGCACCACAGGUGGAGCGACUCCUCCCGGCCCGCAGCACAGUGCGCAGUUCAUGACCUCUGACCUCUGACCCCCCGACCCCCGCCUGCUUCCUCCCCAUCAACACUAAUUCAGCACAUUCCUCCUUCCUUUAGAAAAACCUGUGUGUGUGUGUGUGUGUGUGUGUGUGUGUGUGUGUGUGUGUGUGUGUGUGUGUGUGUGUGUGUGUGUGUGUGUGUGUGUGUGUGUGUGUGUUGUGUGUGUUCCUCUUCUCUGAAUCAUUAGUUGACCUUCGGUCUGCAGAGCUGAUCAGUCCUGAAGCCUCCGUCAAUAAAGUCUUUGCACAUCAGUCCUCUGGGUUCUGUCCUCUGGGUCCCUGUCCUCUGGGUUCUGUCCUCUGGGUCCCUGUCCUCUGGGUUCUGUCCUCUGGGGUUCUGUCCUCUGGGGUUCUGUCCUCUGGGGUUCUGUCCUCUGGGUUCUGUCCUCUGUGGUUCUGUCCUCUGGGUCCCUGUCCUCUGGGUUCUGUCCUCUGGGGUUCUGUCCUCUGGGUCCCUGUCCUCUGGGGUUCUGUCCUCUGUGCGGAGCCGGACCUGGAGAACCUGCCCCCCUGGAGGACCUGAAGCGUCCCACCAGGGGACGUUUGCUCUGAGCCUGAACCGAGACGGAGGACAGAGGACGGAGACCACAGCAGGGGACGAAGCGUGGAGCUGCAAAACACGAAACCAGUCCAUAUCCCAGCAUGCACCGGGGCUGCUCCAUGUCCCAGCAUUAUUAUUUUUUAUUUUUAUAACAAUUGUAGAACACACACACACACAGCACACACACAGCACACACACCACACACACACAGCACACACACACACAGCACACACACACACACGUCAUUAGCUUGAGGACGCGGUCUUGUCGCGGGGACAGAGGGUGAAGCUGAGUUUUCUGCUCAUUUCCUUCUGGUUUCCUGGUUUUUCACUCGGAACACCUGCUGUGUUUGUUUCGGCGUCACAUGACCCUGAUCAGCUGACGGUGUGUGAACGCACCUAAUAUUUGAAACCGGAUGUAAUGUGAUUGGUCUCGCCCGCCACGUGACCCGACAGAGGAGGCGCUGUGAUAGGGCGAUUUAUGCAAAACUUUAACUCGUAAUAUAAAGUCAACAGAUGAUUUGUGUGAAAACCAGAGUGAAGCAGCAGGUUGUAGAAACCAGAGACAGAGACCAGGACCCGUCCUGAAACCGGAGCUUUACAUGUUUAUUUGCACUCUGAAUAUCGGCGUUUUUGAAUGGUUCCAAUGAGACCGGG